AUGGGGUUUGUGGAAGGGAAGAUAGUGGAGGAGAAGGUUUUCAAAGGAAAGGUCUUCCCAAAGACGCUCCUUCCCAGUAACACGUGCGAUCUAGUUGAGAUGGUGCGAAGUGACCGUGAGUUGCUCUCAGAUAUACUGCAGCAGCACGGAGCAAUCCUCUUCAGGGGCUUUGGGGUAUUCUCGGCCCAAGAUUUCUCAAGUGUGGUUAAAGCGUUCGAGUGGGAUGAUAUGCCUUACAUGGGCGGCGCCACCCGUGUGAAGGUGGACGAUAGGAUCUACACCGCUAACGAAGCUCCACUGGAUCACCUCAUCAACUUUCAUCACGAGAUGUCCCUGUGCAAAGAGUAUCCUUCAAAAAUCUUCUUCUUUUGUUUGGAACCAUCGCCGGAAGGUGGUGAGACGUCGAUAUUGCCAAGUCAUAUCAUAGUAGAGAAGAUGGAGGAGCUUAUGCCGGACUUCGUAGUGAAAUUGUCACAGGUCAGGCUCAUUUUUCGGUUUAGGACUGUAACUGAUGCAGAUUCCAACGACAGGGUCAUUAGCAAGACAUGGAAAGAGCUGCUAAAAACUGAUGAUGAAGUUGAAGCCGAAAAGAGGUAA